GUCGCACGACGUGCUGCCCCCGCGACGCGCCUGCCGGGCCCCGCAAGCCCCGCGCCCGCUGGCUUGCGCAUGGCCCCGGCGUCGCUCGUCAUGAACUCCUCUGGGCUCAGGACGUGUGGCGGGGACCGCGCGGGGCCCGGCCCGCUGCCCUUCAGUGUCGAGUCGCUGCUGGAGGCGCAGCACCGGCUGGGCCCGGAGCCCGCGGAGCCCCGGGAGGAGAGGCCGCGGGGCGCUGCGGAGUCCCGGGCCAGGUUCCCGCCGGCCGCCCGCUCGUCCUCCCCACGCGCCCCCAGUCCUCCGCCCUGCACCCUCCGAAAACACAAAAACAACCGCAAGCCACGGACGCCCUUCACCACCGCCCAGCUGCUGGCGCUGGAGCGCAAGUUCCGCCAGAAGCAGUACCUGUCCAUCGCCGAGCGGGCCGAGUUCUCCAGCAGCCUGAGCCUCACCGAGACACAGGUGAAGAUCUGGUUUCAGAACCGCCGGGCCAAGGCCAAGCGGCUGCAGGAGGCCGAGCUGGAGAAGCUGAAACUGGAGGCCAAGCCGCUGCUGCCCGCGUUCGCCCUGCCCUUCCCCCUGGGCACCCACCUUCAAGGCUCUCCGGGCGCUUAUGGCGGUGCUACGGGCACCCUGCCUCAGGUGCCAGGACUCUUCGCAGCGCCUAUCACUGCUUACGGCGUGUAUUACCUCUCCUAGGGGACCUGGGCACACGCCUUGCCAGGUGGUGGCCUGGGGGGGCCGCAGGACAGGGCGGCGCAGGACAGGGCGAGCUGCGCACCCCUUUUCCAGGAAAACCCCCUGCAUCCCGUCGGUCUUUUUUUGUUUUGCUUUUCAGGUUUUUGUUGUUGUUGUUGAUACAAUGUUAUAAUUGAUGCCUCAAGCCUAUUUGUGGGUAUCUUACAGAUAUUUAAGAACUUAAAAAAAAUGUUUGUUCUAGACACUUUCCUGAAAGACAGUGAACACAGUUUCAUACGGUGGCCGGGUGGAGCUUCCUAUUUGUACAAGGCAGCCAAUAAAGUACGUAUUCUGAAGUUUACUCUGUGAGACCUCCCUCCGACACCCCUGCUUCGGUAACUGGCUCCUAUCAGAAGGAUUCGCCAGACUGUCUUGGGGCAGCAAGAAACGGAUUCCCGCAAAAGAAAUGAAAACAGUUUGGUGCCAGGACUGCUGAAAUGAAGCGCACUGAUUACUAACUAGGUUUGUUACCAUCGUGGCAGAAUGGAAACUUUCACACGUGGUUU